CUGAAGAGUCCCGGCCCCGCCGCUCUAUCGUGGUUUGGGCCUCGCCGUGUCGGGAUGAGCCGCGUUUCCCCAUGGAGACCAAACGGCCCGAGAUUCCCAGCAGCGUCCUGGACGACCUGUGCAGCCGAUUUAUUUUGCACAUUCCAAGUGAAGAGAGAGACAAUGCAAUCAGAGUGUGUUUUCAGAUUGAACUUGCCCAUUGGUUUUACUUGGACUUCUACAUGCAAAACACACCAGGAUUACCUCAGUGUGGGAUAAGAGACUUUGCUAAAGCUGUCUUCAGUCACUGUCCUUUUUUACUGCCUCAAGGUGAAGAUGUACAAAAGGUUUUAGAUGAGUGGAAAGAAUACAAAAUGGGAGUGCCAACUUACGGUGCAAUUAUUCUUGAUGAGACACUUGAAAAUGUUCUUUUAGUUCAGGGCUAUUUAGCAAAGUCUGGUUGGGGAUUUCCAAAAGGGAAAGUAAAUAAAGAAGAGGCUCCUCAUGACUGUGCUGCUAGAGAGGUAUUUGAAGAAACUGGUUUUGACAUAAAGGAUUAUAUCUGCAAGGAAGAAUACAUUGAGCUGCGAAUUAAUGAUCAGUUAGCACGGCUGUACAUCAUUCCAGGAGUUCCCAAGAACACAAAAUUCAACCCCAAAACUAGAAGGGAAAUCCGGAAUAUUGAGUGGUUUUCCAUUGAUAAAUUGCCAUGCCACAGGAAUGAUAUGACCCCGAAGUCCAAGCUGGGUUUAGCACCUAACAAAUUUUUUAUGGCAAUUCCCUUUAUCAGGCCACUGAGGGAAUGGAUUUCCCGAAGGAAUGGAGAUUCCCGAAGGAACGGAGAUUCCUCAGAUAGUGACAAUGGAUUUUCAUCUACAGGGAGCACACCUUCUAAAUCCAACUUGGAAAAAGCUAGAUCCAAACUUCGCUGUAGUCAGCAAGUGUUUACAGAUGGAUUUUCAGGAGAGCAGUGGGUAAAGCCAAAACAGCCACAGAAGCCAUGUAGUCAUCCUGAGAUGUCUGAUAUUUUGAAAAUAAAGACUCAGAGCUUGAGGAGCAAUGGCAGAAAGCAGUAUCAAGACACUUCCAGCCAAAAAAAGCGAACAAAUGGAGUCCACAGUCAACCAGUUAAGCAAAACCAUAACUUGAAAUGUGAAAAAAGGCUUAAUCCGAGAAGACUUCAAGAUAACUUUGAAACAGAUGCAGCGUAUGAGAUGUGUUGCUCCAGUGAGGACCCACUGCCAGAAUAUGUAGAGGGACAUUCUAUGGCAUGCAAUGGCCAUUACAAAUUUGCUUUCUCAUCAAGAGCUUUCUUGAGUUUCAAGUUUGACCAUGAUGCCAUAAUGAAAAGUUUUGACCUCUGACAGCAAACUUUGUAUGAACAAAAAUCAGACUUGCCUGUCACAACUGAGGGUUUUUUUUAUCCAGCCUUACUCUUUCUCAGGAGUUGUUUGUUUGUUUGUUUGUUUGGUUUUUAAAUGCAAUGCAGGGACUGAUUGGUGGUUUUGAAGGGUUUGUUCUCUUUGCAGUAUGGGAGUGGCAUAGUCAAGUGUUGCACUUUAAAUGCAGUAUAGCCUUUGUCCACAAAAGUACCUUUCUAGUGUUCAGUUCACUUGUUCCUAGCUGUGCAUUAGACGGCAUUUUUUCUUAAGUUUUUGUGUGGUUUUUUUAACUUUCUCUGCAUUUUUUAGAAUGUUAUUGACUUUUUUUUAACCAUUAGAGUAUACCAGCUUGCUAAAAUUUAACUGCUUUGAUGUAAAUUAUUGGACUUGGUAGACAUUAUUGUGUAGUACAUUGGAAUCUCACGGCAGUGGCAAUGAAACUGAUUUCUCAGAGGACUCUUCUGUCCUAGUGAUUUUGAAACCAAGUUGCACAUUUCAAACCUAGCCUCAGCCCAUCAUCCUUUCUCUGUCCUGAUUGCUUGCCCAAAAUACCUUCCCUUCUUCACACUGAUAGUUUCUGUUGGCUGAUGAUCAGUAGUACAUGAAGUCAAAUCUAUAUAGCAUGUUGACUUCUUGUACCUAGUCUGCCUCUGCCUUCAGUAAGGACAGACGAACAGGGUAGCCAUUCAAAGUGUCUGGCUUCAACUUUUAUGCACUGUCCCCAGCUGGGUAAGAGGAAGUUGCAAAGUUUUGUGUUAUCCCAGUUGCAGCUGCUUUCAAAAAAAGAAAAUGUUCAACUUUUGUGUAGAAUUUAUACUGAAUGUAAAUAAGCCUCUGUAGAUCUUGCUGAGGAGGAAGGCAGGUGCAUGGAUAAUAGAGUCAUUAUGUGACACUAAGUGGCUCAAUCAGGCUUGCAGUAACUAUUCUAAGGGUGUCCAGUAUUGUGUUCUCUGCUGUUGUCCUUUGAUCUCUUGUGUAGUGUAUGCCCUGUAUAUAUACAUUAGUAUUGAAUUGCACUUGGCAGUUAACAUUUAAAUGAUGUAGCCUUGGUUGUUCUCAGCUACACUGCUUUCUUAGCAAAAAAAAAAUCAAAGUUUGGGGAUGACCAACAAAAAACCCAGUAAGAGUUGAGGUGAUGAACUUUUAACUCACCUUCAUAAUUUAAAUUAAGAGGUUUUGAACACAUGCUUUGCAGUUGAGAGAUGCACUGAAAUAAUUUGGCACGGCAGCUUGUAGUAGCAAGCAUGUUGUCCCAGAUUUAAAAAUGGACUUUUCUCUAAAGGUGAUGAGUAAUUGGUAACUUUAUAGGUUGAAUGAACUACGCCCUUGUCUGAUCACAGAGUGUGCUCAGGCACUGAGUCUUUAUGCAACUCGUGUGUCAUCCAAAAACAAAAUCCUAGUCUUCCUUCAACCACCCUAUUUCAUCUGCCCUACCUGAUCUGUUACCUAGUGCUUUUCCUCAGAAAUAGCUUUAGAACAAUCUCCUGGUUUUUUUACCUGUCUGGCACCAGGUGAUUUGGGACUCUAGUUCUGUAAUAAUCUUGACUGUAGGAACACUGGACUUCUCAGUGUUCAGUCAACAGAAAAAAGACUGCAGCAUUUCCUCCUGGAGGACAAGAGUCCUGAAGGCCUGGUCUUUCAAGACCAAAUUGUGAAAUAGCUCAGUCUAGCUUUGUCUCACUGUUGGUUUUUUUGGUUUUUUUUUUUUAGAGAAAAAAGGUAUCCAAAGGCCAUUUAAAACAUUAAAUGGUGAAGUAAUUGAGAAGGUGGGAUAGUGCUGGAGGAGGUUAUAUUAUUGAGCUUCAGGUGAAAACUAAUCUCCAGUUACUUCUUCAGUGCAAAUAGUUUCCAGCAGAAGUGCCUUUACUCAUGGUGAGGCAAAAGUUUGUAUCCUGAGGCUGCUAGUGCCUGCGGAGUUAAUAAGACUCUCCUAAGGCAUGAUUUAAAUAUCAGGCUGUGGAAAUCCUUAGAUAAGUAAGUUGACUUUUCAGAUAAAUUACAGUUAUAUUUCAUCUAGUUCUCUGUGAAAUAAGGGGGAUGUUGAUGAAACAGUGAACUUGAAGCUUCAGUCAACUGUUUGGGAAACUGCAUCCCAGACAGAGGAAGUCUUUAUGAUGAAGCAAGUGUGUCCUAUGAAUAGGAGAUGCUGGCUGCCCUCUUUGUUCACUGGGUAAUUUUUGUUUUGUUUUUUUUUCUUAAUGGAAGGUUGGUUCAGUGUAAGAGAAACUGGUUGCUUCAUUUAAGCAACCCAUAGUGGGGCUUAUUUUAAAUAUGUCAUGAUUUUAGUAAACCUAGCCUUAAUGUGAGUUGCAAAUAAAUGUGAUAAAUAUGCAAUAA